AUUUUAGGUGUGGCCAUGGGUUGUCAAGACGGUGUUGAUUUGACUAAUGUUUGGUUCUCAAGCUUUGAAACAAGUGAUGAUUGGAUGACAGAGACUAUCAACAACCAACCAUUUCAAAGAGUUUUGUAUUCAAGUAUAAAUGUGCCCAAGAAAGAUGGCGAUUGGGUUGUAACAGCUAAAGGAAUUAAUAAUGAACUAAGGUUACCACAGGUACCAUAUUAUGGUGGAAAAAUUGCUGUAUCAUUCUUUGCUUACACCCUUCAACCUUCUAGUCUGGCUGUUCGAUUCCUCAAGUUAAAUUUAGAACUUGUUCAAGAAACCACAAUAUCAAUUAGCAAUAAUGGUUGGAAUCAGUAUUCUGCAGUUAAGUUUUAUUAUAGAGAUCAAGUUACAUCAGCUAACUUAAUUUCAAUUUUGUAUAGUGGUAGCGAUUCAAUAUAUUUGGACUUAAUUACUAUUGCAAUUGAUGGAUCCAUCAUAUCUUGCCCAACAAUAACUUCUUCAAAUCCUUGUGGAUUUGUUACUGCUGUUCCUGGAAGCUCUGGAUGGUUUUUUGAUAAAACAAUUUUAAGUUGGAUUCCUACCCCAGCAUUUACCUACUUGAAAACUGAUUUUGUUUACUGGGGAGGAUUGUUAACAGGCUCAAUUAAUUUUAGAGCGUUUUUUCCUACUAACAAGGUUACUAUUGAAAUUUCAGUUAAUCAGACAUCAUACAAACAGCAGUUAAGUUCUGGUUUUACUGAUUUUGACUUAACAUCUACUACCCAGUAUACAGUGGGUCAGACUUAUACUCUUACUUUGACAUUUCUAACUACAAACAUUAAAGCAAUAGUCAUCAGUAUUUCCAUGAAUGUUGCUGGUAAUUGCAGUGAGUGCCAUCCUGCACUUAUUUGUGGACAAUAUCCAAAUGGUGUAACAUGUGACUGUGAUCAAAGUUCCUGUCCAGACCCUAAUACUCAAUGUAUUGUUUCAGCAGUUAAUAGAUCACUAAACCCCUGCAGCUGUGUACCAGGUUAUGAAAAAGAUACUUCUGGAAAUUGCGUUGAUAUUGAUGAAUGUGUCUUGUCAGCAACAAACAACUGCUCAGUUAAUGCUAUAUGUAACAAUUUUGCUGGUGGAUACAACUGUGUAUGUAAAAGUGGCUAUAAAACAAAUGAUGGUGGUGUAGAAUCACUUACUAAUCAAUGUCAAGAUAUUGAUGAAUGUGCUUUAUCAACUACAAACAUCUGUUCAAAUAAUGCAAUUUGUAAAAAUUUUGCUGGUGGAUACAACUGUGUAUGUAAAAGUGGCUAUAAAACAAUUGAUGGUGGAGUUGAAUCAUUCCUUAAUCCAUGUCAAGAUAUUGAUGAAUGUGCUUUAUCAACUACAAACAUCUGUUCAGUUAAUGCUAUAUGUAACAAUUUUGCUGGCGGAUACAACUGUGUAUGUAAAAGUGGCUAUCAAACAAAUAAUGGUGGAGUAGAAUCACUCACUAAUCAAUGUCAAGAUAUUGAUGAAUGUGCUUUAUCAACUACAAAUAUCUGUUCAAUUAAUGCUAUAUGUAACAAUUUUGCUGGUGGAUAUAACUGUGUAUGUAAAAGUGGCUAUAAAACAAUUGAUGGUGGAGUAGAAUCACUCAUUAAUGAAUGUCAAGAUAUUAAUGAAUGUGCUUUAUCAACUACGAACGCCUGUUCAAUUAAUGCUAUAUGUAACAAUUUUGCUGGUGGAUACAACUGUGUAUGUAAAAUUGGCUAUAAAACAAGUGAUGGUGGAGUAGAAUCGCUCACUAAUCAAUGUCAAGAUAUUAAUGAAUGUGCUUUAUCAACUACAAAUAUCUGUUCAAUUAAUGCUAUAUGUAACAAUUUUGCUGGUGGAUACAACUGUGUAUGUAAAAAUGGCUAUAAAACAAUUGGUGGUGGAGUUGAAUCACUCACUAAUCAAUGUCAAGAUGUUAAUGAAUGUGCUUUAUCAACUUCAAACCUCUGUUCAGUUAAUGCUAUAUGUAACAAUUUUGCUGGUGGAUAUAACUGUGUAUGCAAAAGUGGCUAUAAAACAAAUGAUGGUGGAGUAGAAUCACUCACUAAUCAAUGUCAAGAUAUUGAUGAAUGUGCUUUAUCAACAACAAACAUCUGCUCAAUUAAUGCUAUAUGUAACAAUUUUGCUGGUGGAUACAACUGUGUAUGUAAAAGUGGCUAUAAAACAGUUGAUGGUGGAGUAGAAUCACUAACUAAUCCAUGUCAAGAUAUCAAUGAGUGCAAAUUAAAGCCAUGCUCUUGGGUUAAUGGAGUUUGUGUAAAUACAAAUGGCAGUUAUUUUUGCUCCUGUGAAAAUGGUAUGAAGUUGGGUAAAGAUAAUGCCAGCUGUGUUAGUAUUGCACAAGCGUGUCAAAUGGAUAACCUUAUAAUUGAUUGCAAAGGUAAAGGAUACAUUAAAGUUGUGGAUGUAAACUACGAAAGAACCAAUGCUUGUCAUGACACUAGUAUAUCGAAGACAAAAUGUUCACAAAAAGAUCAAUAUGAUUCUUUGAAAGAUGAUCGUUAUAAUAAGUGUUCAGACAUGAAAUACUGUAAUAUUUUAGUGCCCAAGUGUGAAAAUUACAAUAGUGUCAAAGUGCAGUAUUAUUGUGCACCAAAAACAAAUUUUGUAAAAAUAUGCCACGGAAAAGAACUUCAAAUUGAUUGCAAAAGUCAGCAAUUAAUUAAAAUAGUUAAUGCAAACUACAAAAGAACAGAUGCCAGUGAUUGUCCCAGCUUUUCUGAAUGGCCUAGAGAAUGUAAUCGAAAACGAACGAACUCUAUUGAAGUUAUUCGUAAAAUGUGUUUACAUAAGUCUUCUUGUAUUGUAAAGGCCUCCAACAAAGUGUUUGGAAAUUUGUGUGUAGGAACACACAAAUACCUUGAAGUGGAAUAUUAUUGUAAAGAAUAAUUUUAAUUUGAUUAUAAUUUUUGGUUUGAAAUACAUUAUUUUGUAUACGGUUA